UUUAGUGACGCAAUCAAAAGUCGACGAACACGUUCACGCCCUCAGGGUCCACAUCGAGCAACUAUAAUCAGUUGGCUGUGUGCAGUAGUUUCCGCCAUAUUAUUAGGUUUCUCUGUGUUUAGAAGAUAUUUGCAAUGACUGCACCGCUGAAAGUGUGUAUCGUGGGCUCAGGAAACUGGGGCUCUGCAAUUGCUAGGAUCAUUGGCCACAAUGCACAAAAACUCCAGCGUUUUGCCACCACUGUCAGGAUGUGGGUAUAUGAGGAGAAUAUAAAUGGAAGGAAACUUACUGAUAUCAUUAACACCGAUCAUGAGAACGUCAAAUACCUCCCAGGCUACAAACUUCCAGAAAAUGUGAUUGCAGUGCCUGAGCUGCGGGAUGCUGCAGAUGGAGCAGACUUGCUGGUGUUUGUGGUCCCACACCAGUUUAUCCGAAAGCUGUGUGACGAGAUGGUCGGCUGUGUUCCUAAGACGGCCCGUGGAAUUACCUUAAUUAAGGGUAUUGAUGAAGGACCCGAGGGGCUGAAACUCAUCUCUGAUAUCAUUCGGGAGAAGAUGGGUAUUGAUGUCAGUGUCCUAAUGGGGGCCAACAUUGCUAAUGAGGUGGCGGCUGAAAAGUUCUGUGAAACCACAAUCGGCAGUAAAAUCUUGGAGAAUGGACAGCUUUUUAAGGAGCUUCUGCAGACGCCCAACUUCCGCAUCACUGUCGUGGAUGAUGCAGAUACCGUGGAGCUGUGUGGAGCUCUCAAAAACAUUGUGGCAGUGGGAGCAGGUUUCUGUGAUGGCCUGAAGUGUGGAGACAAUACCAAAGCAGCAGUGAUCAGGCUGGGGCUGAUGGAGAUGAUUGCCUUUGCCAGGCUCUUCAGUAAAGACGAUUCUGUGUCCUCUGCUACCUUUUUGGAAAGUUGUGGAGUAGCUGACCUCAUCACCACCUGCUAUGGCGGACGCAACCGUCGCGUAGCAGAGGCCUUUGUCACAACAGGCAAGAGCAUUGAGGAACUCGAGAAAGAGAUGCUGAAUGGUCAGAAGCUUCAAGGGCCACUAACAUCUGCUGAAGUUAACCACAUCCUCAAGCAGAAGGGCCUAGUGGACAAGUUCCCCUUGUUCACGGCUGUGUAUCAGAUCUGCUUCGAGGGCAAGCCAGUUCAGGACAUGAUCUCCUGCCUGCAGUCUCACCCUGAGCACAUUUGAGAGCCUCUCAAAGAGCUGCAGUCAUGGUGGCCUCAAAAGUAACACCUCCACCAGCACCUCUGCCUUUGAUACAGUGAUUAGUCCUGCCUUUAUCAUACUUUCUCUGUUUACGCACAUUUAUAUAUAUAUAUAUAUUUUUUUUUCAAGUAGCCUUUAGUUAAUAACACUUCGGGAUUUAAAUUGUUAGGUUGGGGUCAUUCUCAGGGUCUAACCAGUCUCAAAGCUGCAAAACAUUUUGACUAAUUCCACUAAUCACAUGACACAUGGAGUGAUAUCUUUCGGAACAUGAAGCUGUAUGUGAUAUCUACUCCUUAGUGAUUUUUACUCUCAUUUGGUGUCGACUGCCCCCUUGUGGAGGGCAUAACUACUGCAGAAACAUUAACAAAGCUCAUACAAACUCAACUCUUUGUAUCUCACCACUGACCAAACUAACAGUUCAUAUCAUGUUUUUAAGCUUGAUCAGUCUUCUAAGCUCAGUAAGGUUUUUAUCCAGUAAGUAGUACUGUUGCUGGUCAGAGCCAGUGAGUACUGCACAUCCCCCCCCCCCCCCCCCCCCAAGUUCUCCAGAAGGCAGAAGGCCAUUUGAUGAAUAUGCUGCUAACAUGCUCACUGGUGAUGACCUUCUGCACACAGAUGCAACUUUUGGGACCAUUUCUUGAUCACCAGAUCCUUUUUCCUGCUGGGCAAAGAAACUUUAAAUCCAACCUCAUCCCCCAUGAAAACAAUUAUACCUCUGUUUUUAACUGUUUAUAAAAUUUUUAACAAGAGUUUGUAUCACUUUAUCCCAUUUACCCAGUGAUGAGAAGAACCUGCCAGAAAAAGCUCCACUAUUUAUUUCCCCCCCUUUUUUAAUGGAGGUCAUUUGGUGUCUCUUGUUAAAUAGAAAAUGUUUUUUUUGGUCAGUUUCUUUUUCAGUGAGCUUUUUUUUUUUUUAAGGAAAUGAAGGGAAUUAAGCAGCGCUUUAACAUCAUACUGUGAAAGGGUUUUCUCUUUAAAAAUCCUUGAUAAUCAGAAAUGAAAUGAAUUGCACUGUCCUGUGUGUUAAUACUUUUCCAGAAUCACUUGUGCACUAACAGCUGUAAUGGAGUGUUAUGGUCAUUUGUAGCAUCAUCAUAUUCAAACGGAUCAUUUUUGUAUGCUGAUUUUACUAAUCAAUACUAAUUAACCAGCACCACUUUUUUUUUUAUUUUUUCUGUUUGAUUUCAAAUGUCAUGAGUCCAAUUCCGUCUGUUUUCUUCCUAUCGAGAUAGCUCAGUUUGCUGUUUUUGUUAGUUGGAAAGUCUAAAUGCUAUUUCAAGUGUCCUCAUCUUCAGCUAUCAUGUUUUAGUAAGCAUUGAGAAUGGACGGUUUAUAGAAUUUGGCUCAGCAAUGCUCACAGAUGUAAAAUCGGACACCUUGUUAGCUGAGCCUGUGAUUCAUUUCAGAUGCUCUGAUUUCUCUAAGCUGUAUUGCAUUCUGGGUGUAGACUUGUAAGCAAGCCUCACUCCAUGUAGUUUUGGUGCUGAUUGUCAUAAUUCUAUAAACAAUUUUUUUUUAACACUAUUCUGUUAACGCUGCAAAAAUCCGAUCCUCUGUAAUGUCAUAUGUGAAGGUGGAAAGUGAACUGACUGCAGAAUGGCAAACAUUCACAAUUAAACACAGCCUUGUCUAGAUGAAUAAAGUGUUUACUACUUA